AGCCCACCCCGGUUCUUUAAAUAUAAAACAAGGGAAACGGCAAUAGGCCGUACGCGGUCAAGCGUUUCUUCUCAGGUCUUUAAAAGGACCAGCCGGCGAUCCGCGCCAAGCACCAUCUGUCCUCUCCAUACUUCGCAGCUUCCGUGUCUCUUCCUUUCUUUCGUGUUCUAUUUCUCCUGGUUGCGGUGCUUUUUGGUGUUUUCUGGCUUUGAGAGGUCUAAGAUGGGGAGAGCACCGUGCUGCGACAAGGCUAACGUGAAGAGAGGGCCAUGGUCUCCAGAGGAAGAUGCAGUCCUUAGAAACUAUGUUGAGAAGCAUGGGACUGGUGGGAACUGGAUUGCUUUGCCCCAGAAAGCAGGGCUCAAACGCUGCGGCAAGAGCUGCCGCCUCCGAUGGCUUAAUUACCUCCGGCCAGACAUCAAGCACGGCGGCUUCACGGAGCAAGAAGACAUCGCCAUCUUCGCUCUCUACAACCAAAUUGGAAGCAGGUGGUCUGUUAUUGCUUCCAAACUGCCAGGAAGAACUGACAAUGAUGUCAAGAAUUAUUGGAACACCAAGCUCAAGAAGAAGGUGAUGGCGGGACAAAUUGGUCUUCCCACCACCAUCACCUCCUCCUCCCCCUCCUCCUCCACCUCCACCGCCCACAUUCAUCACAGCCCGUCGCCGGCGCCACCACCCCAACCUCCUCUCCUCCCCGCCAUCAAAACCCAGGCCUACAGCAGCGGCGAGCAACGCCUCGACACCAACGUCGACUUCACCCAGAAGCUGUACUCGGAGAUCGCACAGUUCUCGACGACGGGCCUGAUGGAGCAGCCCGAUUUUGGUCGCAGCGUGAGCGUGUCCCCGUCGGAAGACAUCUCGGCAGCCUCGUCGUCGUCCAUCACAGUGGACAACAGCAGCAGCAAUGGCUGCGUUAAUUGGUCUACCGAUGGCGUUGGUGGUUACGAUGCCUUCCUCUCGGAGCUUGGUUUCGGACCGACUGGUGACUUCUUCGGUGGCUUUGGAUCCCAGUGGAGGACGGAAGAGGUGUCUCCGUACUACUACUCGGACCUAGCCACCAUGUGAGCUGCUAUUGAGAUCGAGCAACGAGGGUUUUACCAAAGUGUCACAGAUUCGUAGCAAAGCCAUGGAAUAGAGAAAGCCAGUUAGAAAGAUCACAAAGUAGCUAUAGAAUAGUAGCAGUUCUUGACUCGGAUGCUUUACUUUGUUUUCUUUGUAAUUUGAAUGUUGGGUUGGGCUGGUAUACUGGAAACAUUGAUGUAAAUGAAGAGGGAAGGAUUGGAUUUUAGAUGAAGUCAUUAGAGCUUGACAUCUAACUUCUGUUAAUGGUGUUCCCAUUUCAAUUAUCUAUAGUUAAUUACGGUCUUUAACUUCUA